CCGCACGCGCUGAAAGACGAAGAUUACGAGUGCGCUUUUCCUCUGAAUACACAGUGGACUUUUAUGGACCUGACGAGGAUUUCGUACCAGGACAUCUUUUUUUUUCUUUAUCUCCAAACACUUUGAAGUCUGGGAAGUAACGGAUGAAGAUACCUGUGUGUUAUUGUAAUAAAGUUUAGGAUUAACUGAGGGAGAUGGCGCAUCUGUCUUUGUACUGCCUGCUGUCUGUGUCGCUUUUGCAGUUGGUGGCUUCAUCGGGUGUAUUUGAAUUGAAAGUUCACUCGUUCAGCACGACACGCCGCUUCUGCAGGAGGACGCGAGACUGCAACAUCUUUUUCAGGAUUUGUCUGAAGCAUUCGGAAGACGUCAUCUCCGCUGAGCCUCCGUGCACCUUCGGAACCGGACAGACGAAUGUCCUGCGAGCGGACCAGAGCUCUAUAGCCAGCAGCGCAGCCAUCCGGGUGCCUUUCCACUUCAAGUGGCCGGGGACGUUUUCUCUUAUUAUUGAGGCAUGGAAUGCUGAGUCUCCAAAAGAGCAUCAUGACUACACAGAGAAUCAAAACAACCUAAUCAGUCGUUUAGCAACACGAAGGCGCUUGGCGAUUGGAGAAGACUGGUCUCAGGAUGUACAUUUUGGAGACCAGAGUGAGCUCCGUUACUCGUAUCAUGUUUUCUGUGAUGAGUUUUACUUCGGUGAGGCAUGUUCAGAUUACUGCCGUCCUCGUGACGAUACACUGGGACACUACACCUGCGAUGAGAAUGGAAACAGGGUAUGCCUGGAGGGAUGGCAGGGAGACUACUGCUCUGACCGAUCCAACUGUGAGAAGAGACUGGACCGCUGCAGCCACAAAACUUGUGCUAAUGGCGGUGAGUGUGUGGAUCUGGGCGCUAGUGCUCUGUGCCGCUGUUGCCCUGGUUUCACUGGCCCUCGCUGUGAGAUGAACAUCGAUGACUGUGCCCGCUACCCGUGUCAAAAUGCCGGUACAUGCCAAGAUGGCAUUAACGAUUACACCUGCACCUGUACACUAGGUUUCACCGGUAAAAACUGCAGCCUCCGAACAGACUCUUGUCUAACAAACCCAUGCCUCCACGGGGGAACCUGCUACACACACUUCUCCGGGCCAGUGUGUCAGUGUGUGCCUGGGUUCAUGGGUCCAAACUGCGAGUUUCCUGUGCAGGGAGGUAUGGAGCUGAUGGCGCCCCGGGUUGGACGGACCUCACCUUCAGCGGUGGCGGUGUCAUGUGUGUUAGGUGUGCUGGCUGUGUUUUUGGGAGUGUGUGUGGGACUGGUCGUGAUCAGGAGGAGAAGGCAUAGACUGCGAAGACAGCAGCUAUGCGAUUCAGUAUUUAAUGAUUUGGAGACCGUGAAUAAUUUCGACAGGCAGCACUAUCCCUAUGACAGAGACUACGGUCAGGUGAAACCCUGCAACACUGAGGGCAGAAUUUCAUUGGCAGCUUCUCACACACUGCCUGCUGGGCAGGACUUCCUGUGGAGUGCUGGAGGAGGUCUUAGAUAAGGCAACACACACUUGUACACUCAUGCAUACACUAAUGUAGACAAGCGAGCAUAAACACAGAUACACAAACUCACAUGCAGGGAUAAGAAUUUGGAUGAAGCACUUGCUUUUGUCUUAAUUAUUAUGAAUGAAUGAAUGAAUGAAGUAUGUAAUGACUGAUUAAUGGAUUGAACCUUUGCCAUCUGUAUAGGUGGAAGACUCUGUAAACCAAAAGAAAUAAACAAGCACAUCGUUGUGCUGGGCUUUGUGAAUCUGUAUAUGUAUAUGAAGACAGACACAAGCCCUGAAAGCUGAUACAGACUUAGGUUGCAGAACUCUAUACACAGAGAACUGAUAUCUUUAUACAAAGAUAAAGAAGUGAAAAUAACUCUAUACAAAGAGAGCUAAGUAAGGAAAUACCUCUAUUGAAAGAGAAAGAAGUUAAACUGAAGAGCAGGAUUAGGUGUUCUCUAGUCAAACUCUGGGCUUUGUAUAGGACUUAUUAAAACAACU